UCUCUCCCUCUUCUCUCUCUUUCUCUCUCGCUCUCGUCGGAUAUUUUACUUUUGCUCGGGAAAUAUCUUUUCUUGUUUACAGAAGAAAUGGAUUCUCUCGGUCGGCAGUCUUACAGCCGGAAGGAGAAAUCUCUCGGUGUUUUAGUCUCCAAUUUCCUGAAACUGUAUAACCGAGACGACGUUGAUCUGAUUGGGCUCGACGAUGCCGCCGGGAAAUUAGGAGUUGAACGCCGGCGUAUAUAUGAUGUGGUUAAUAUAUUGGAGAGCAUUGGGCUUGUAGCAAGAAGAGGGAAGAAUCAGUAUUCGUGGAAAGGCUUUGGACAACUUCCCCGUGCUCUAAGUGAACUAAAAGAUGAAGGAAUGCGAGAGAAGUUUGGCAUCAUUCCAUGCGUGACCAAGUCAGAGAUGGUCUUAUAUGACCAAGUUAGAGAAGAACCUUUGAAGUUAACUCCUGAUGAUCAAGAAAACUCGCCAUCCCCAAAACUUGACAGCAAGAAGGAGAAGUCUCUCUGGGUUCUUGCACAGAACUUUGUGAAGCUUUUUCUAUGCUCUGAUGAUGAUCUGAUAACACUUGAUGGCGCUACAAAAGCAUUGUUGAAUGUAUCUCAGGAUCCCAUGAAUAUGAGAACUAAAGUUAGACGCCUUUACGACAUUGCAAAUGUGUUUUCCUCGAUGAAUUUAAUAGAAAAGACUCAUAUCCCAGAGACUAGGAAACCGGCGUAUAGGUGGUUGGGAGCCAAAGCCAUAUCCGAAAGCAGAUUCCUUACUGCCCCUGCAACCCUAUGUGAUCGUAAUGAGCCUAAAAAGCGGGUAUUCGGGACCGAGAUCACAAACUUUAACGCAAAGAGAAACAAAACAGAUUGUUCUAAAGACUCCAAGCAUUACGGAAAUCAAAACACAUGCAGUGUCAUCAAGCAAGAACAAUGUGAUUCGAAACCAGCAGAGAAGAGCUUUGUGGUCGGAACCGGAGGUGCUUCUAAGAAGAACAAUGUAGAAAACAACCAUAACCAAAGACUUGAAGAUCUUGAGACCCUUUCUUCUACCCACAAGCUACAGUAUUGCAAUCAUGAGUUAAUUGGUCUGCUUGGGCACUACACAGAGACAUGGAGGUCAUGGCAUGCAGAGUUUGAUCGGAAAUGACUUAACCAGGUAGAUUUUUCUUGCGGCGUUACUACAACUAUUUGAUGGAUGCCAAAUUUUGCUGCUGUUUCGGCUCAGUUACAGAAUUACUCGUACAACAGAGAACAUUACUCGCAGAUCAGAGCUUUAUGUUGUGAUCUUUGUAGAAGAAAAUCAAAAUAACUUAAAGCAGCUAAUCGAUUAAUUUUCUAGCGCUUCUCAUUGUUCCAAGUCAAAACCAUAAGCGCCCAAUCCAGUUUUCGAAACGAUAUCAGUUUUGCAACCACCGUGAAUUAAAAUUAUCUCUGUUGAAAGAAAUUUUGAAAAAGC